AUGGAUAAUAUUUUUGAUGAACAUAUUGAAAUGAUAAUUAUAAAAAAAUUUGGAAAAAUAAUAGGUAAAUCUUUAUUUUUAAAAAAAAAUAUUUUAGAAAUUAAUCAAAAAGAAAGAAAUAAGAAAUUAGAAGAACUUGAAAUUAAAAAUUUAAUAAAAAUAUAUAAUAAUUUUUGUUAUAUUUUAAAAGUAACAGAAAAUUUUGAAGAAUUAGUGGUAUUAUUAAUAGCUUUAAAAUGUGUACCAUUAAUAAAUGAAGAAUGGUUAAAUUUAUUACCAUUAAUUGAUAAUGAUCAUAAAUGGAAUAAAGCUUUAAUUUCUCUUAAAAGUAUACAUUUUUAUAAUAAAAAAUAUUUAUUUAAUAUUGAUGUACCAAUAUCUGAUAUUGAUGAAAUGAAAGAGUAUGGAAAAAGAUUAAUUGUAUGGAAUUUUAUUAUGGUAUCUUCUAUAGCAUUUAAUAUUGUUUAUUAUUUGGAAGUAUUAUAUACAGGAAUAAAUAUUAAAAAAACAAUUGAAGCAAUACCAUUAUAUAAAGAAGAUGAAAAUUUAUUUAAACAUGAACGUUUAAAAAAAGAAUUAAUAACUGAUAAAUAUACAGUUAUAACUUUAGCAUAUCAAAGAGAUCGUGAAGUUAAUUUAUCAUUAAUACAAUAUGAUAAUAUUUCAUAUGUUGAUAAAGUAAUAAUUGUAUGGAAUGAUCAAAAUACAACAAAUAUUCCUAAAAAAGAAAAAUGGAAUAAAAGCAAUGUUCCUGUUUUUUUUAUAAAAACAAAAAAAAAUUCAAUGAAUAAUAGAUAUUUACCAUAUGAUAUUAUCAAAACAGAAUGUAUAUUUUUUUUAGAUGAUGAUAUUAGAAUAACAAAAAAACUUUUAAACAAAAGUUUUGAUCUAUGGAAGAUGAAUAAAAAUAUAAUUAUUGGAUAUUAUCCUAGAUUAACAGGAAAAGGAACAAAUAUUACAUAUUUUCUUGAAAAAAAAGAAUCAUAUGAUUUAAUAUUACUAGGAUUAUCACUUGUUCAUAAAAAUUAUAUAUAUAAUUAUUCAUAUAAAAUGUCUAAAAAAAUAAGAGAUAUUGUUGAUGAAACAAUGAAUUGUGAUGAUAUUGCAUUUAAUUUUAUGGUUAGUAUUUUUUCAAAUAAACCAAAUAUAUUAUUUACUAAAGGAAUAGAUUUAAGUAGAUGUCGAAAAUGUUAUCAUAAAGGAUUAUUUUUUAGAAAAGAUCAUUUAAGUACACGGACAAAUUGUUUAAAUAUAUUUUCUAAUUUAUAUGGAAUAAAUCCUAUGAUUGAAAAUCAGUAUUUUGUUAGUGUAUAUUAA